AGCUGCCAGGCACAGAUUAUGAGAUCCAAAAGGGCAAGUGGGGAGGCGGUGAUGGAGAACAGCAGCUAGUGGCGAGCACAGCCUCUAACCCUACCCAGGGGCGGCGGGGAGGAGUGAAGGGCGGACACCCAGAAACUAGGAAGGACAUCCUGAGAAGGCAUCCCCUAGCUGGCAUCUCAAAGGAGAAGAGGUCCACCUGCCUGGAGUAGGGGAUCCUAAUCCUGAUCUCCUAUUUUUCUCCAAAUCUUGGACUGGCUACAACCCUUCCCCAGAGCGCCACACACACACACACACACACACACACCCCACGAAACUGGGAGACUGCUUUUCGACAGCCACCUGUGAGAAGGGAGACAGGCCCGGAGUCCACCAGAGACUACCAUGUGCCCCUGAGGCACGAUACUCCAAAACGCAGAGGCCAUGGGGGUGCUGAGCCAGUCGGAGUUGUGCCCUUGUCCUCCCUUGGAGAAGGACCGCCUGGAAGAUGUGGCCAAGUGCCAUCCAUCGCCAGAGAAAGAGAGAUCCCAAAGCCUGCAUUGCACGGAAGGCGAUUCCCUCUUGUCCGAGGGUGGCUCGAGUCCAGGAAGCAACUCUAGUGAUGGCACGGAGGAGGAUGAAGCCAGCAGCACAGAGAGCACCCAGAAUGGGCAUGAGAGUCCUUGUACGGGGAGGAGCAGGCGCCCCGUGCGAGUGGAGGAGCCACAAAAGCAUCAGGUGCUGAACAAAAUUUCGGCUCUCGAAAACCGGAUCAAAGAGCUGCAUCACCGGAAGAAGGAGCUGAAUAUAGAGAUGGACCUGGAAGGGGCCUUGCUGGAGGGAGAACUGAAGGAAGAGAGGCAGGCCUUGAGAUGGGAAGAGGAGCGGCUGCUGGAGCUGCAGAGGAGGCUUGGUGAGACGGAGCGCAGGUGCCACGCCGAAAAGGAGAAGGAGAAGGUGCGGCUGCAGAAGGAGCGUCGCAGGGUAGAGGAGCUACAGCGGCAGCAUGCCGAGUCCCAGAUCCACCUGGACAACCAGCCGGAGUCCUUGCGGGAGCGGAUGCAAAGCCAGUUGCAAGAGACCUCUGAGAUGCUGGAUGGAGCCCUGAGGAGUUACGAGGAUCUGGAGUUUCAGCAUCUGGAGCGGGAGAGUCGUUUGGAGGAGGAGAAGGAGGCUGCCUGCCAGGCCCUGACCCAGGAGAUCACGCAGCUGCAGAACAAUAUCAAUAAGAGGAAGAGGACGGUGCAGAAGCUGGAAGGGCAGGCCCGUCUGACGCAGGAGCAGAUGGUGGGCGAGUGCCAGCGAUUUGCACAGGAGAAGGGCGAGGCUGUCAGGAAUCUCAACGUGGAGAAAAAUCGCCUAAUGGACAUGGGCCAGGAAUAUCUGGAGGAGAAUGGGGUGGGCUCCUCAGGAGAUAAGCAGGGCGUCACUCAGCUCACUUUUACCCAAAAGACGGAUCGGAAGGUCAUUAUGUUGGGUGCCGACCAGUCCGACUCGUCCUCCUGUGUCUUCUCCGUCCGCAGCUCUGUCAAGGGCUCCAUUGGGCUGCAGAGAACGGCAAGUCUACCCCGUCGGCGCGGGGAUCGACUCCCAUCCAGGACUGCCCAGCGCCCCAUCUCGCUGCAUGGAGCUCUGGACCCCAGUGUGCUGGCAGCGCAGCUCUCUGGCGGGAAUAAUGGGCACUACCUGGGCAGUCCAAACCUGCACUUCUCCCGUCUCAACAACCCUCUUUACCAGCUGCUGGGCGGCCAGGGAGCAGUGGGGCAGCUAGGGGGGUCUGCCCAAGGAGCCUACAGCCUGGGGAACUGCGUCACCCAGCUGGCAGAGAUGGAGAAAAGGGUGCGGGAGGCCAUGGCGGAACGAGAGCGGCUGCUUCAAGAACGGGAAGCCAAGAGAGCAGCUGAAGAGGCAAGACGUAUGGAGUUGCCCUCAUCCACGAAGCCUGGUGAUGUUGCUUCCCUACAGAAUUCCAGCCCCGUGGAGAUCCAGGAGCCCAAGCCGGCUGUGUCGGACCUGCGCAAGCACCUGGAGGCAUCAGGGCACAGCGUGGACACCUGCUCCCAGGUGCGGGUGACCAGCAAGUCUUGUAAGGGCUACUUGGUCAAGAUGGGCGGCAGGAUCAAGACCUGGAAGAAGCGCUGGUUCACCUUUGACCGCCAGAAACGAGUCCUGGCGUACUACGCAGACAAAGAAGAGACCAAACUCAAGGGUGUGAUUUACUUCCAGGCGAUCGAGGAGGUUUACUACGACCAUCUCCGCAGCGCCUUCAAGAGCCCGAGCCCUAAGCUGACCUUCUGUGUGAAGACAUAUGACCGUCUCUUCUGUAUGGUGGCACCCAGCCCCGAAGCUAUGCGCAUCUGGAUGGAUGCCAUUGUCACGGCCGCAGAGGAGAACGCCCGCUACUGAGAGACAUCAUUGAAUGUGGACUUGACCCUGACCGUAGCCCUCUUCCCCAAGGAACCUCCCUGGGAAGGAGCUAGGCAGCAAUGUAGCCAAUGGGAGAGCCUGAACGAUUUAUGUCUUUCAGAAGGAUGUUGUUUAUCAAGUCUCCAGAUUAACAGGGUGGUGGCAUAAGUAUCCAAUGGACCUCCAGUUUGUUUAUACCAAUUUCCUGAAGAAUGCUUCUUUAAAAGAAAUCUGGGCCAAUUUGAGAGGGGUUUCUGAUGACCUCUCUCAGCAACAAUCUGGGAUUACGUCUAGACUGAAUGAAACUCUUGGUGUAUGGAUUCCAGCUAGUUUUAUACCGUGUGACUUAAAAUCCAAAGGAAACGGACAUCUCUGGAACCUGCACCGGUUGGACAUCUGACUGACAAAGCAAGCCAUUUGGAGAGAAGAGACUUUGUAUGCCGUUUAACUCACGAGUCGGCCAGGAUUUCCCUGAAUCACAGGAGAAACGCACUGCCUGCUGGGAAUAGACUCUUGCAGUGGGGAGAAGAUGUGGCUUAUAGUAGUUGAAGUCACAUGAAAAUUGACCCCGGCGGUUAUGCUACUUCAAAGCAGACUUGAUUCCCACAAUGCCCUGAUGUAGACUUCAGCAGCCAUACCAAGCUUUUCCCACAAUGCUUUGCCACAGUGCCUUGACAGAGGCUUAUCUGAAUUAUGGAAGAGGUUCUUCAUGGGUGGGGGAUGACUUCUUGAGAAUCAGUGGCCCCCUAAGCAGAAGGGUGAGAUACUGGCCUGCGUUGUAUAGAUCUCCUUAUAUUUAUUGGCUGCUUUGGGGCCCUUUGAACACCUGGCACACUAUUUAAAGGGGGAGCCUUGCGGAACCACUGGGCUAUUUAUUGUAUAAAUCCUGUAAGAGGAAACA